CUCUUACGUUUCUUUAUUAUCUAUGAAAAAUUGGAAAAUUUGCCAUGUCCUGUUUGAUAUUAAACAACAGGAAAAUAGAAUAGAUAUGACUAUUGAGUAUUGACUAAGUAUAUUAAACUUAUAACUUUGUGCCUGUCGCAUGUGUCAAUGCGUAAAAAUCUCAACUCUGUAACAAUCUACUGUCUAGCCUAUAAAUUAUAAUAGUGCUGGGUAGUGUAUGUUUCGUGAAUUCACGUUGAACUUGUUAAUAGUCACUUCUGUUCUUACUAUAUAUUAGACUACAUAAUGUCUCUAUUUAGUGUAUUACCAGCACCCACUCAAUUCCUACAAGAUUUAGAAGAAGAUGAGGAAUCAAAUGAAACUCUUACUGAAAAAACUAAUACUUUUGAAGUGUACGCUGUAAAAAUCCCACCAUAUGGAAACAGAAAUGGAUGGGUACCGAGGACUGUUGAAGAUUUUGGUGAUGGUGGUGCUUUUCCGGAAAUCCAAGUUGCGCAAUAUCCCUUGAAUAUGGGAAAAGAAAAUAAAGAAUCUGUUUCAAAUGCUCUUGCAUUACAAUUAACUUCUGAUGGAAAAGUUAAAUAUGAUGUGAUUGCUCGCCAAGGUCAAAGAAAAGACAAAGUGAUUUAUUCAAAACUAUCUGAUAUGCUUCCAUCUGAGGUAAUCAAUGAAGAUGAUCCUUCUUUGCAAAAGCCUGAUUUAGAAGAAGUUGCAGAUAUCACUGAAAAAACAAGAGCAGCUCUCGAAAAGUUGACUAAUUCUAAAGUUUCGGCUGCAUUACCAGUACGAGCGGCAGAUAAACCCGCUCCUGUACAAUGGUUCCGUUAUACCCCUACUGAACAAGGACAAGAAUACAAUUCCGGAUCAAAACAACGUGUAGUAAGAUUAGUAGAGGCUCAGAAAGAUCCAAUGGAACCCCCAAAAUUCAAAAUUAAUAAAAAAAUACCUCGAGGUCCUCCAUCACCGCCUGCGCCUUUAAUGCAUUCCCCUACUAGAAAGACAUCUGUUAAAGAACAGAAAGAAUGGAAAAUUCCUCCAUGUAUAUCCAAUUGGAAAAAUGCUAAAGGUUAUACAAUUCCAUUAGAUAAGAGAUUAGCUGCUGAUGGUCGAGGUUUACAACAAAAUCAUAUAAAUGAAAAAUUUGCUAAGCUAGCUGAGGCUUUAUACAUAGCAGAUCGUAAAGCCAGAGAAGCUGUUGAAAUGAGAGCUCAGUUAGAAAAGAAAAUGGCACAAAAAGAAAAGGAAAAGAAAGAAGAACAUCUUAGAGCAAUGGCUCAAAAAGCCAGAGAUGAAAGAGCAGGUAUUCGACUACCUGGUUCUGCUAAAAAUGAUGAAUCUCGUGAGCGUGAUCAACUACGUUUGGAACGUCAAAAAGAAAGAGCUCGUGAUCGUAACCUUGCUAGAAAUGCUGACAGCCGUAAAAACAAAGUAUUGCGAGAUCGAGACAUUAGCGAACAAAUUGCUCUUGGACUUCCAGCAAUUACUAGAAAAACAGGAGAUACUCAGUACGAUCAACGUUUGCUUAAUACAACAGCAGGUAUGGAUACCGGAUUUGGUGAUGAUGAAGAAUAUAAUGUGUAUGAUAAACCUUGGCGUGGGAACAGCUCUUUGGCUCAACAUAUUUAUCGUCCAUCUGCUAAUAUUGAUAAAGAAGUGUAUGGUGAUGAUUUAGAAAAAAUUGCUAAGACAAAUCGGUUUGUGCCGAACAAAGAAUUUAGUGGAACAGAUCGUGAUCCUAAAGCUGGUGGUAGGUCUGGUCCAGUUCAAUUUGAAAAACAUCAACAAGAAGAGGAUCCAUUUGGUUUGGAUCAGUUCUUAACACAAGCCAAGCAUGCAUCUAAAAGAUCUCAACCACAACAACAAGAUCGAGAUAAACGCCGUAGAAAAGAUUAAUUUCUUCUUUUCCUAUUUGAUUGAAAAUUUUUUUUGUCCAUUAUAGGAAUGCAAUUUCUAUCUUUAAAACUAGCUUUUACCCAAAAAUUCAAUAAAUUAACAUUGAAUUAAUUUUUCUGUAUUCAAUUAAUUAAAAAUAUUUUAUCUCCA